UUGUGUGUGCAACAUGGAGGGAGGGACUGGAGGAGCUGCCGCUGCUGCUGCUUUUACCAAUAUCUAUUCAGCAGCUUCUACUGCAGGGGCGAUAAGGAAUGAAGUCAAUCUUGAUGAAUCCAAAAGGAUGAUGAAGUCCUCUUUGCAUGCAGAAGAAGAUGAUUUUGUGCCAGAACUUCAGAGAAGCAUUCAUCCCCGUGAAAGACCAGAUUGGGAAGAGACUCUUAGUGCAAUGGCAAGAGGAGCAGACAUCCCUGAGAUUUCAGGAGAACUACCAUUGCGGACAUGUGGCAGCACAGCUAGCAUGAAAGUGAAGAAUGUGAAAAAAUCUACCAACCCUGGACUGAUGGGCUGUGAUUCCUUUCACAGGUUAUCCUUUACCAAGGGCCACUUUCCAAAGAUGGCAGAAUGUGCACACUUCCAUUAUGAAAAUGUAGACUUCGGCAAUAUACAGCUUUCGCUCCCAGAGGAACAGAAUGAAGUAACACGGAAUGGUUGUGAAUCCAAGGAACUAGUUUAUCUUGUACAGAUCUCUUGUCAGGGCAAGAGCUGGAUUGUGAAGCGCAGCUAUGAAGAUUUCAGAGUGCUUGAUAAGCAUCUUCACCUGUGUAUUUAUGACCGACGCUUCUCCCAGCUCUCAGAGCUACCCCGCUCCGAUGCUUUGAAGGACAGCCCAGAGCUUGUCACCCAGAUGCUGAUGGCUUACCUGUCACGACUCUCAUCCAUUGCUGGAAACAAGAUAAACUGCGGUCCUGCCCUCACCUGGAUGGAGAUUGAUAACAAGGGGAAUCACCUUCUAGUCCACGAGGAAUCGUCCAUUAAUGUCCCUGCUAUUGCGGCUGCACAUGUUAUUAAAAGAUACAUUGCUCAGGCAGCAGAUGAACUGUCCUUUGAGGUGGGAGACAUUGUGUCAGUCAUCGACAUGCCUCCAAAAGAAUUGACCACUUGGUGGAGGGGAAAGCAUGGAUUUCAGGUGGGAUUUUUUCCUAGCGAGUGUGUUGAGCUAAUUAAUGACAAAGUUCCUCAAUCUGUGACCAAUUCUGUGCCAAAACCAGUCUCCCCUGCCCAUGGAGCCCGUCCAGCGUCCUGGAGCUACUUCCCCCCUUAUUUGGAGAUGGAUAGUGUAAAGCCAGGUUCAGCAUGUGUUUCAGAGCCUCUGAACUAUUCCCAGCUGAGCUCAGUGUCAAAAAAACACGGCAAGCUUAUUACUUUCCUGCGCACAUUCAUGAAGUCUCGGCCAACAAAACAGAAACUGAAGCAACGUGGGAUCUUAAAAGAGAGGGUAUUUGGCUGCGACCUUGGAGAACAUCUUCUCAACUCUGGUCAUGAUGUCCCUCAGGUUCUCAAGAGUUGCACUGAAUUCAUUGAAAAGCAUGGCAUUGUGGAUGGAAUAUACCGUCUAUCUGGGAUUGCAUCGAAUAUCCAGAAACUACGGCAUGAGUUUGACUCUGAGCAAAUCCCUGACUUGACAAAAGAUGUAUACAUUCAGGAUAUACAUUGUGUGGGCUCGCUCUGUAAGCUCUAUUUCCGAGAACUCCCAAAUCCUCUGCUCACCUAUCAGCUCUAUGAGAAAUUUUCAGAUGCUGUGUCUGCUGCUACAGAUGAAGAACGAUUAGUCAAAAUCCAUGAUGUCAUCCAGCAAUUACCCCCACCUCACUACAGGACUCUGGAAUUCCUAAUGAGGCAUUUGGCUCACCUUGCUGAUUACUGUGCCAUCACCAACAUGCACACAAAGAACUUAGCGAUUGUCUGGGCACCAAACCUGCUGAGAUCAAAGCAGAUAGAAUCUGCUUGCUUCAGUGGAACGGCUGCUUUUAUGGAGGUGCGAAUUCAGUCAGUGGUUGUGGAAUUCAUUCUCAAUCAUGUGGAUGUCCUUUUUAGCUCCAAACUAAGCUCCGUUAUUCGAGAAAGUGCAGGUCACAGUUCCUUGUCACGGCCGAAAUCCCUGCUGGUGUCUUCACCCUCCACAAAGCUGCUUACCUUGGAGGAAGCACAAGCAAGAACUCAGGCCCAGAUAAACUCCCCAAUCGUGGCAGACAGCAAGUACAUUGAAGUGGGUGAAGGACCUGCUGCUCUGCAGGGAAAAUUCCACACGAUCAUAGACUUCCCAUCUGAAAGAAAGAGGCCACCCAGUAAGAUGAAGAAAUCUCCUGUUGGCAGCUGGCGCUCCUUUUUCAACCUGGGGAAGUCAUCUUCUCUCUCCAAACGGAAGCUGCAGCGCAACCCAAGUGAGCCCUCCGAAAUGAAGGCAAUAGCCCUCGCAGGAGGGCGAGGAGACAGUGGGACCCUGCGCUCAGCUAAGAGUGAAGAGUCCCUCUCGUCUUUACAUGCUAUAGAUGGCGAAUCUAAACUGUUUCGACCCCGAAGACCAAGGUCUAGCAGUGAUGCAUUGUCUGCUUCCUUUAAUGGGGAGCUCCUGGGAAACAUGAACCGCUGCAAUUCCUACGAUAACGUGCCCCAUGACCACGAGAGUGACGGGGAUGAGGGGCAUAUCCACGUCCCAGCUCUCAUCUCUCCAAGGUCAGCAGAAGACGUUGACCUGAGCCCACCUGAGAUCGGUGUGGCUAGCCUGGAUUUUGAUCCCAUGUCUUUUCAGUGCAGCCCGCCCAAAGCAGAGUCUGAAUGUCUCGACAGCAGCACCUCCCUUUUGGAGUCAGUGGACUUUAAUAAAGAUAAGCAAAACACCUUUAAGAAGGAACUAGACUCGGGCAGCCAGUCACACACCCCUUGCAGCGCCACCAGCUCAGAACCAGUUUCCCCCUACCAGGAGAAGACCAUGAGUCCCUUCUUCACUUUGGACUUGAGCCCAACAGAAGAGAAACCCUCCAAACCCAUAUCUUUCUCUGAAAAUGUCGCCCAUGCCUUCUCCCCCAAGAUGGGGCGAAAGCCUUUCAAGUCUCCGCCACUGAGUUUGUUGGAGCCAAUCUCCUUCGCCAUGCCCAGCCACAUGCCGGACGUUGUCAUCGGAGGGGGAGCAGGGAGUGCAGGUCCUCCAGACUGGGCCAAAGGGAUGUCUGGCACCAGUGAAGCCACAAGCAGGUCCCCACCCCACCUGGUGGUGUCCCCCUUGAAGGCCACUGAGGGGAGAGCAAAUGAAGGAUGCCAGCUGGAGUUCCAGAGUCAAGGAGAUGCUAAGAAGCCGGAGCUUCUAGAAGAGGUGGAGCAACCCCUGAACAGCAGCCAGAGUAAGCCUGUACCUUCUGCACAGACACAGCCAGGAGCAGUUGCCCUCGACUCCCCCCAGGAUCCUGUUCCAGUCAAUUCUGUCUCUGUUGUCCCUCCUCCUCCUCCUCCGAAAAACGCUGCACGCAUUCUAGCCUUAGCCCUGGCAGAGUCUGCCCAACAAGCCUCUGCUCAGUCCCAGAAGAAGCCAGACGUUCAUUCUGACUGUACCGGUGCGGCAGAGACUGAAAGCGGAGGAACUGUAGAAAUGUUCCAUCCGUGUUCUGGCAUCACUCCAGAAAAGCUCCACCUCUAUGCUGCUUUGCCAGAGAACCAGCUCAAUUUUCAGGCAGCUGCACUUGGAGAGCACCACAGAAGUGGGUUACCUGUAGACCAGGCACCUCAAAUCAGUGGCAUGCCUGAGGGCAGCAAUCACUUACAUGGCACACCUGGAAAUCGGGACCACCCCCUCCUCCCUCCUGAAAUGCCUGGAGAUGUUCACAGUGGCACUAACAUGAGCUGGGACCACACCCACUUCCAUCCUUGUAUGUUGGGAGACAACCACCACCUUGCUCAUUCUGUUACGCCUGAGGACCAGAAAUACCCUCCUCCUCCUCCACCACCACCACCUCAUCAUCAUCAUCCCUGUGCAAGAGAAGCUGUUCAAUCAGAACCACCUACAGCAGAGAUACCCAUGGAGAACCCUCAUCUCCACACUUGCCUCCCUUUGGACAAGACCCAAACUCAUGCCAGCAAGCUCCACUUUCCUGUCUGCACAGCAGACAAAACCCAGUUCCCUCCUGUCACUGCUGGGGAGAAAGCAGCUGCCACCGUCCUGGCAUACAUGAUGAUAAAGAACCAGACGGCAGCAACAGAAACGGAUCCUGGAGUAGUCAGCCUGAAUAUUCCUCCUCAGCCUACCACAGUCACCAGCAGCAGCAGCAGCACAUGGGGAGAAGCACCGCUCAUGGCUGCUCAGCACACUCUGGCUGGCAGCCAGCAAGCUCCAGUGCACAGACCAGGGGACCAUCAGCCAGCUGUGGGGCAAGCCCCAGCUGCAGCCACAAAAGCUUCCAUUGGCUUCAGCCAGGUACGAGGAGAGGCACCUCCUGAGAAGCUGCCCGAGCCUAGAUCAGCUGAGCCAGCCACUGUUUUCGUCACCGAGGGCAGUGCCACGAUCCAGUGCACUUCUGCCACCCCUCAUGUCACACUUCACCCAGGCCACUUGGAAAAACCCCGAGAGAAUGCCAGGGCCCCCCCACUGCAGCUGAGGUCUGAAUCAGUCCCAGCUCAGCCCUCCUAUGGAUUUACACCUCCGGUGCCACCUGUAAGGACGAUGGAGAGUAAAAUUGCAGCAGCCAUGCAUUCAAACAAUGUGGACCCCGUGAAUGCUGCCAGUUACCACUCCUUUGUGGCUGCAUCCACACUGCCGCCACCCGUGGAGGAAGCUCCGCCCCCACCUCCCCCUCCAAAACACACCUCUCUUCAGUCUGCCUAUUUCUCCCACUCCAAGCCAGAGAGCCCCCCUGAGCCCCCCGUGUUGGAGAACUAUGUGCAUCACAUGCCUACAUCCACCCACCAGUACAGGGCUGAAAGCAUCCCGCCCCACCUCUACCACAGCAAGUCUGAGCAGCACCCUGGCUAUCCGUCGCUGUCGGAGACCCCCACGUCCAUGGGCCCCAGGUACAACACCUACGCCACUCAAGGGAAGAGCGCGUCCGUCCAUCACGCCAAGCCUCGCAGCCGAGUGGAGUACGUGUCCUCCAUGAGCCCCACCAUGAGGAGCACGAGUUACGUGGAGGAAACGCCCCCCUACCCCUCCAUCCGGAGAGUGCACUCGCUCCACGUCUCUGCUCCCUCUGCCAUCCGGUCAGUCCCUAUCUCCCGCACCGAGGUGCCUCCUGACGAUGAGCCCUUGUAUUGCCCAAGGCCCCUCUACCAAUAUAAGCCAUAUCAGCCCCACACAGAUUACCAUGUCACUCAGCUGCAGCCUUACUUUGAGAAUGGGCGGGUCCAUUACCGGUACAGCCCCUAUUCGAGCUCCUCCAGCCCCUCCUGCUACUCAGCGGCCGACGGUGGAUUUUAUGACCUGGACCCUUAUGGCACAAUGAGGCUGAGGCCGCUGCACCCACUCCCGGGCAGAGACUUCGCGUCCUACUCCCGACUGCAGACCAAGAGUUUGUAUCGCUGUCCUGGCCUGCCUCCCUACCCCCGAGGAGGCCUCGCUGGACACCUGGCGGGCAAGGAGCACAGUUUCAUUAGCAGGGAUGUGCCGCCUGCGCCUGACACCAAGCCCAUGUACGUCUCCUGGGACUUGGAGGACAUGGAGAAGUACCGGAUGCAGUCCAUCCGCCGAGAGAGCCGCGCACGGCAGAAAGUGAAAGGACCUGUCAUGUCCCAGUACGACAACGUCGCCCCUCUGCUGCAGGACGAGCUGCGGACUGUGGACGUUGUUCACCUGCGCAGCAAAUCCGAUCCUGGGAAAACUGGACUCCUCACGGUUGCUGAUGGAAAGGAAGGGAAGUAUCCAGGCAAAGUAGUGCCCCCUGAAGGGGAGGAGCGCUAUUAUGUGCCACACCCGGAACCGGACGUGGACAGAGCCCAUUACCAUGCAACCUAUGGGAAUGGGCAGUCAGAGAAAGCGUCGCUCCCUCAAAAGCAAAGCAGCCUCAGGAGUAGGAAGCCGCAUGAGGCGGGUUGCAAUUCGUCUGAGCACAGGAUGCACCUGCCCCAUGAAGCCAGCCACAGGCAGCCACUGGAGUCUAAAAACGGGCCCCCUUAUGCUGACUACCGACCAAAGGGCCACCAGGAACCACCAGAAUCCACCGGGUACCAGCACUCUGGUGGGAAGUACGCCCCAGCCAGCCAUGAUGCUUUGAGACUGAACCACAAAGAGGUGAAGCUGGCAGAGGACAGGCCUGAUAUGGAGAGACAUCGGGCCAGGCCACCUGCCGCUGCUGAGAAACACGCCCGGGACUGCUUUAAAGAGGGCGAGCACUACGGACAGCCCGCAGCACCACCCCCUAAGCCGGAACGGAGCCACAGCCUUCGGCUCCAGCACCCCGAGAGCAUAGAGCGGGACGCUGCCCUCAUCUACCCGUACCAAACCCUUGGCAAGCGCCAAAGCACUAUGACGGUGGUGUCCCAGUACGAUAACUUGGAUGACUACCAUACCAUGCCUCAGCACCAAAGAGGGGGUUACGCUGCAGGAGGGGGCUUGGUCCCUCCCUUGGCUCAUCCACAUAGUAGGACUUACGCCACAGCCUUGGGCCAGGGAGCAUUCCUGCCCACAGAGCUCUGCCUGCAGAGGCCCGAGACUGAGAUCCAUGCAGAGUGAGCUCCGGGGCAGAAGGGAUAGAGUGUAAGCAGCCUCUGCUGGACAGUGGACUGGUUUAUUUUUUCAGUGAUACACACACACAAAGUACCCCAUCAAAGCAAUUCCCUCUCCAUUAGCGCCCCCUCAGCUCCCUCCCCUCCAGCCCCCGUGCCGCUUACUGUUUUUUAUAUCAUAAAUGUAUAGUUUUAUCUCACAUGGUCUAAAAAGUAGGUUGCAGCAGUCUUGCGGGCUUUUGUUAACCUCGAAGACACAAAUCAGUCUCCAGGCAGAGCAGAAACAGAGAUUGAGAUUCAGGGGUCAUGCUGUAAAUGGUUCUCACUUUCCUUAGAUUUUAAACAGUGGCAUUUCCCAUAGCUUUGACACUUUGCUUCAGAGCCCUGUGCAUGAUGUAUGUAUUGAUAGGAUGAUGCAGACAUUUCUUCUCCAGGUAUACUUCCCUUGUAUGUGAUCACUAGAGAGAGAUUUAUUGAAUGGCAAGAUUUAGUAAAUAUUUUAAUUUGGUUCUUUUAGGCUUAAUGCACCAAACUCUGGGAAAAGACUAUUUCACAUUAUUUCUUCCCUUCUGCAAUCCCAGAUUUGAUUUGAUUUUUUUAAGCAAUGGUACCUUUCUGCUAAAAUGUUCUUCCAGUGCUUCUUAGCUUCAACCUUAAUAAGAAAUAUGUCCAUUGAUAGCAGUAAGAUGUGACCCUACUGGUAGCUGGGAAAGAGGUGUUACCCAGGUAAAUUCUUUUUUCUUAAAAGGUAAAGUUAAAACACAUAACAAACUACUUCAUCAAAUACUGAGAAAUCCAGGGUGGGGGUCUGGGGAAGAGAGAAACUCAGCAUUGAUAUUGUUGUAAAUGGUGCUUUGGUUUGAUAAGCGAGAGCUGCAUUUCUUAGCUUCUUACAGCAAGUGCAUUUCCCAUAGCAGACCCUUUCUGCUAGGUGAGUCUAACUGAAAUGGCGAAGUGGCAGAAGAGUUGGGCUCUGGCCCACCGCCCUGGAAUUUCAACAAGAGAUAAGCUGUUUAACCUCCCUGUUACAUAUCAUUCCCGUGAGCCUAAUCUCCGUCAUCAGUUAACAAAGUAAAUCUGUAGUUCUGCCUGGCAGUUCCCUGAUCAUUGCUGGUUAUCUAUGAGUCGUGACAAGAGCCUGGGCAUGUAAGUGUGGAUUUAGUGACCAAGUCCUCCACCAUAUGCACCUCCCUCAUCAUGUCAGUAAGGCAAACCAUACUCUGUGAAUUUAGACUGCUGAUUCUCCACAUGCUGCCGUCGAUGCAUCAUUGCAUUGUUAUCUCCCAUGUUUUGCUUUGUUUUUUAAAAAGAUCCCUGUGGAAGCAAGAAUAGUGUAUUAGUUUGCUUUUCUAGUGAAGUUAUAUGAAUAUGCAGUGCUUUUUAAACAUGUUGUCCUUGCUGGAACAGGAACCAAUAGAUGCCUCAGGAUUCCCACUUCACCUUGCAAUGAAGGCUCUUGCCAUGCAGCCACCAUGGAAACACGUGACAUUCCAGUAGGCAAGAUGCAGUGGGUUUUGCUUGGUUUUUAUGAACUUGAAAUGAGAUGCAGAAUGUCCAGAGCCCAGCCCAAGGUGCAGUGUGUUUUCUUGUUCUUGAACGACGAAACUCUGUAUCAGGGCUGAAGUCCACAAGAAGUAUCCAGCUGGGGCAUCUCUCUGCCCUAGGCCCUUUCCGCUAGCACCAGAAGAAAGGAAUUGGAUCAAACCACCUUGGAACUGAAGUUUUUGUCCAACAGCAUUCCAUCUUUAAAA